AUGCGCGAAUUCAAAGUGGUAGUGUUGGGUUCGGGUGGGGUCGGAAAGAGUGCUUUAACAGUGCAGUUUGUUUCCGGAUGUUUUAUGGAAAAGUAUGACCCCACCAUAGAAGAUUUCUAUAGAAAAGAAAUUGAAGUGGAUAAUUCUCCGUGUGUUCUAGAGAUAUUGGAUACUGCCGGCACGGAACAAUUUGCCUCCAUGAGAGAUUUGUAUAUAAAGAAUGGCCAAGGAUUUGUUGUAGUUUAUUCGUUAACCAAUCACCAGACGUUCCAAGAUAUAAAACCAAUGAAGGAAUUGAUAACGCGUGUUAAGGGUUCAGAACGCGUUCCCAUAUUGUUAGUUGGCAACAAAGCGGAUUUGGAACAUCAACGCGAAGUGUCCCAAGCCGAAGGCUCGGCCCUUGCCCAGCUGUGGGGCUGUCCGUUUGUGGAGGCCUCUGCGAAAAGUCGCACCAAUGUCAACGAAAUGUUUGCGGAAAUAGUGCGUGAAAUGAACGUUAGUCCUGAAAAGGAAAAGAAACCUUAUUGUUGUUGUACAGUGCUUUAA